GGCACGGGUUGUUUUGGUUCAGUGCGGGUGGGUUCAAAACGACGUGCUUUCGCCUUCCUCGUUGUGAACUAAUGCUCGUGCUAAGAUUUACGGCGAUAGUAUUCUGUGUCGUCAUUACUGGUUUACUGUCGUUGCUCGUCUCUGCUACGGACCCGUAUUCUACAUGUUCUGGUGCAAAGCCGUCACAACCGUGUUCAGCUUCUGUGUCCAAAAAGACGCUGCCACGGAAGUAUCUGAUGCAUGAUGUCAACCCUGGUGAGGGUUUCAACUUGAGAAGAGAUGUCUACAUGAGAGUAGCAAGGCUUGUAGCCGCACUUAAUACGGAUUCGCACCUUGAAGAAUGGGUGCUGGUUUUGCCACCAUGGGGUCCAUUGUACCAUUGGCAAAGCAAAGAUAUAAGUUCGCAAAUAAAGAUUAGGUGGGAACAAUUUUUUGAUAUAGGAAGCCUAGCAGGCUAUGUGCCUGUCAUGGAAUUCGAAGAUUACAUCCACAGCGUAGGGCGACUUAUAGACAAAGUAUUCUACCUGCAACAUUAUCCGAGCACAUUUACCUCGUCCAGCUGGGUUGAAAAAUACGAAGAGAGUCCAUGCCUGGAGGAGACUGGCUACUAUGAAGAGAGCGAUGGAGAAUUCACUGGCUGGUUUUGGAGCUAUCAUGAUGUCGUGAGCAAGGAAGUUUCUUGCCUUUAUGUCCAAGGCUCUGGCUCCACAUUGAAGCCACUGCUUCAAGAACACUCAAAUCACACUGCCAUCAUGCUAGAUCGUGCUGAAGUUAUGCUCCAUGAUAAUUUCGGGGACCCAGUUUAUUGGGAGAUAAGGCGAAGCAUGCUCUUCUCCAAGAGACUUCGUGAUGUGGCAGACAAGUUUCGCCGAGAUAGCCUGAAUUCAGACGACAAAAGGGAUGGCACAGUGCUUGAUGAGGACUGGAAAGUUGUUGCCAAUAGUACACGCCAUGCCCGAGGUGGCCCAUACCUUGCAGUUCAUCUCAGGCGCCAGGACUACGUGAAGAGCCGUCCCAAAGAUGUCCCUGACCUCAAGUGGGCAGCAGAACAGAUUCAAGUGCUGCUUGAGAAGCAAGGCUUGAAGAAGGUGUUUGUUGCAACUGACGCAGGUGAUGAAGAAUUCCAGACACUGAAGACAUACCUCCCUGAAGCUGUGCGGUUUGAGCCCAGCAAGGAACUUCAUAAAGAACUCAAAGAUGGUGGGCUAGCAAUUGUCGAUCAGUGGAUAGCAGCACAUGCAAGGUAUUUUGUGGGCAGCUACGAGUCAACAUUUUCUUUUCGCAUUCAAGAGGAAAGAGAGAUAAUGAAUUUUGACCCUGACACAACAUUCAAUAGGCUGUGUGGAAAUGGACAAAAAACAUGCACUCAACCUACCAGAUGGAGAAUCGCAUAUCCUGACUGAUCAUCAUUCAAGUAACAGCACGCGGUCUGCGAAGGCCAUUGGUCUAAAGCUGCAUGCUUCACACAGAUGCAAGCGUAUAGUUGCACAUGUUGCCUAACUUCAUUUUUAAAGCAAUAUUUUUGAAUGAGACGCGCCUGCAUUAGCAUAAUGAUUGCAAGGGUUGACGCUUGGGCAAGUUGGUGUGGAUUCAUUUCAAAAUGUUAACAGCACAUAGAACAAUUAAGAAGGGACAGAGGUAAAGGGUGCUGACUUUCAACUAGUUUUAUUUCGAUAAGAAGUGCAUAUAUACAUGGCAAGGGAGAGGGCGCUAGACAAGAAAGAAAGGAUGCACAGGUGCUGCCAUCGUUGCCUCAUAAUCUCCAAUACAGCGCGCAUAUCACCACGUGUGCCCUAAAACCCAGCCAGGUAAUCAAUUUCUUGAUUUAGAAGCGCAAUAGAGGGAGCACUGACGCACUUAUCUCCUAGCUUAUUGAUGAAAUCAGCUUCAAUAACUUCGCGAGUUAGCUGAUCCCUAUGCCUCGCCAUCACUUUGCCCUGAUUGAAGCAGGGUGUACACCCGCAGUCACGGCAAUGAAUGCCGAUGUGACCCUGGGCCGUAUUGAAGACGUUAUUGUGGUGUUUGCGCGAGCGGUCAUUUAGGCAUCUGCCUGUUUGACCAAUAUAGUCUUGCCCCGACACCUUGCAACGUAGUUUUGAAGCGCAAGUAGGCCGGCUCGAAGACGCCGGGUACCCUAAGGCUUUGCUGACUGCUGUCGCUGAAAAGCUACUAAAGCAGGUUCGGCAAGGAAACGAAUGCAAAGAGCGUGAAAACACCAACAAAAAGCGCCUUGUUGUGUUGCCGUACGUGCACAAUGUGUCACAUUGGCUGAAGAAGAUUGGAGCGCACGCCAACUUGCAGGUGGCUUUCUCAGCUCCCGAGAAGCUUCAGAAGUUGUGCAAAAUGGUGAACGCUCAGCCCUCACGGGUUCCUGUGUGUUCUCCACAGGACACGUUUCAUCUCCUGCACAGUGGGGGUUGUUUAUUCAAUCCCACUGACGUGUGGAAAAAGCUAUAUUGGUCAAGCGGGCAGAUGCCAAAAUGACCGCUUGUGCGAACACCACAAUAACAUCUUCAAUACGGUCCAGGGUCACAUCGGCAUUCAUUGCCGUCACUGCGGCUGUACACUUUGCUUCAUUCAGAGUAAAGUGAUGGCGAGGCAUAGGGAUCAGCUAACCUGCGAAGUUAUUGAAGCUGAUUUGAAAAUAAGCUAGGAGAUAAGUGCGUCAGUGCUCUCUCUAUUGCGCUUCUAAAUCAAGAAAUUGGUUACCUGGCUGGAUUUUAGGGCACACGUGGUGAUAUGCGCGCUGUAUUGGAGAUUGUGAGGCAAUGCUGGCAGCACCUGUGUAUCCUUUCUUUCUUGUCUAGCGCCCUCCCCCUUGCCAUGUAUAUAUGCACUUCUUAUCGAAAUAAAACUAGUUGAAAGUCAGCACUCUUUAUCUCUGUUGUCUCGUCCCUUCCUAAUCGUUCUAUGCGCUGUUAACAUUUUGACAUAGCAUAAUGAUCUUUACUUAAAUAGACGAACAGGGAGGGAUGUAGCUUGUUUACCGUGAUGUCCUUUAAUAGGUUGGACCACACUCGUCUAAGUCUAAAAAGUGAGAAUUAUUCUCUAAGUGGAAGCACGGGGCUGUGGGAAGUGACAAAUCAGAGCUUGGCAAUGUGCAGACUACUGGCCAAGUGCUCUGAGGUCCAAGUCACAGAAGAAACAAAAUAUAAGCUGUGAUUUUUUGUACAUACUUUGAAGGUGCCGCACAACAUUCUCUGUUGCUAACUUGUAGUUGAGGUUUGUGAGUCAAAUAUUAUUGCUUUGCAUGCGGCCAGGAACUUAAAAUUUCGUGCCUGAAACAGCCAAAGAUUCCUUGUUCCGUUUGUUGCAAUGUCUUUGCCAGCUGCGAAGCAGGCCCGACUAUGCAGCCAGCGGGCACAACAGACAUAUUGCCCAAUUUCAUGAAAGGCACGCCAGCAGACGAUUUCAGAGGGCAUGUGCUGCGUCAUGUAUUGACUUAGAACAGAUUCUGGAGGAAAAAGCUGCCAUUAUGUUACAGUGCAAACGUUGCCUGCUCCUGAGACGCCUGCUAGACUUGACGGUAGUAUUCAGUUUUAGUUGGCCAACCUAAGCCAGCUAACUGUGUACGCUGUGUACAUCACUGCAUGCAGUGAUGUAUGUGUAGUGUUGCCCAUGCAGCUCGUCCAUGCAGGUGGUUGAAACUUUACAUGGUUUGGGCAUGGUUUUCAGCAGUUACGCACUACCAAUAAUGUAUGACUUAUUGGGCUUCUCUAGAGAAAUUCACUAUACUCGAUGGAAUCAAAGCUCAAAAUAGCGUAGGCCACAGUCGCACGGUGCCUUGACUCGGUGGAGAGAGCAUAUGAGCCAGAAGGAUAUAAGGGGGUUUCCAAAGCAGCGGUGAAUGUGAGUGAACAGGGCGAGUUAGUUGGAAUUUAUUGUAACAGCAGCACAGCAGGACAUCAACACAGUGAGAACUCACAAAUUUGCUUUUAUGUAAAAAGGACUGUAUCAAAUUUUGAAAGUAGGUGAUUGCAUAGAAAAUAUACCAUCACCGCCAAAAUAUCCGUGAAUAAAGCUUUUUCUGUAUGUGGUGUCAA